GACUCUAUAAUGAACAUCUUUGAACAGAAAUUGACACCCGCCGGAGCGACAGCAUCUGGACGGCCAUUAUACCAGGUGAUUACCCAGCUGGAUCGGAGCUCAUCGUUACCAAAUUGGCGAUCAACCACAACCCGGAUAUUUACUCACCUCUUAGCACUGGCAACACUGUGGGGUCGCAGCGCGAAGUCGCCGCCGCCGCAGGAGGCUCUGCCGCGGCCUCCGGGUCCGCAGCGCUCCCGACCGACCCCUGGGAAGGCCCCUGCUGCGGCAGCUACCACGAGGGAAGACCCUUCAGCGAUCUGCCAAUCAACCGGUUCUUGAGGUUUCCUUACAAGACGGUCCUCGCGCGGGACGUCAAGGAGACUCCGCCAAAAGUCGUGGGGUUGGAGCCUGCGGAGCAACAGGUAGAAGAAGACAUGGUGAAAGUUGCUUUCAAAUGGGGAGGCGCAGCGGAGACAAGAACAGCCAGGACUAACCCGGACAGCUACAUGAUCCGAUAUUCAACUGAUCUCUACGGCCUUAUUGACGAUUUCCAAAGCGCAAAGGAGCCCUUGGAGGGCACGGGCACAGCGCCCGGGUCGGCCACCGAGCCCGUGGUUUCCCUUCCUUACGCCGAGCUCGUGACCCGAGAGGUGUACCUCAGCGUCGCAGCUGAGAGGAAAGGUGUCGUGGGACCUCCGGCAACUGCUAUUGCGGUAACGAUAAACGAAAAAACGACGACGACCACAACUACCACAACGACUACCUCCACCACAACGACUACCCACCAAACGACUACCUCCACCACCACCACCCCCGAGGAAACCACCACCACAGAAGGUACAACAGGUGAAGCUACUACAACUCCCCCAAUGACAACGACUGACAGCGCCUCAGCCAAUGCCCUUUGUCAGUUGCUGUUCCCUGCUGUUGUGCUCGCCUUCCUCACUCUGCGUUGAACAGUUAGUAAUAGGUCGUUGUAAAGUUAAAGUUAGUUAGGCUGCUAGUUCAUUUUGAUUGGUGCUUGUUAGAUGUGAUGUCGGUGUGAUAGAGUUUCUCUUGUUUUGAAUUUUGUUUUUGGAGUCAAAAGGAUAUUGGCAGUUACUUGUAAUAUAUCAUGUAUUUAGUGAUUCCAUUAGAAAAUAGAUAGAUUAAUAGUUAUAUUUCGUUUAAGGAGGAAACAGCACCAAUAAUUAGUAAUAUCGUAUGAUAUUGUGAUAUGAUUCUUAAAGUUGGUUACAUCUGGAAUCAAAGGAAAAUUGGCUUGUAAUAUGUAAUGUAUUUAAUGGUCCAGUUAAAAACGUCAAUCCAGUUAUACUUCAACACCCUUAAUAUUUAUAAUAAAAUGAUGGAAAUGUCUAA